AUGAGUCAAGAGAUAUCAAAUGCAUUAACUACAACAUCACCCGAACUACAAACCUAUACAGGUCAAUGGAAACUUCUACGAACAUUAGCUGGAGCACAUCAAGGUUGGGUACGAGCAGUAACUGUCGAUGAAGUCACCAAUAAUUGGUUCGUCACCGGCUCUUCAGACUCCACCAUCAAGGUUUGGGAUCUUGCAUCACUGCAAUUGAAAAGCACAAUCACAGGUCACAUUAUGGGAGUUCGAGCACUUGUGGUCUCCAGAAAGUUCCCCUAUUUGUUUUCUGGUUCUGAGGAUAAGACAUUACGGUGUUGGGAUUUGGAGAAACUGAAUGCCGCUGAAGGAUGUCAGAUUAAGAAUUUCCAUGGUCAUGUUGGUGGAAUAUAUGCAAUUUCACUUCAUCCUCAAUUAGAUGUUGUGUUGAGUGGAGGUAGAGAUGCCGUUGUGAGAAUAUGGGAUAUUCGAGCCACGAAGGAAAUUACAUUAUUAUCAGGACAUAAAAGUGAUAUCACUUCCAUUGAAUCAUUUGAUAAUGAGCCACAAGUUGUCACAAGUUCAAUGGACGGGACCGUACGAUUAUGGGAUUUACGCAAACAAAAUACAGAGUUGUGUAUAACACAACAUUCCAAAAGUAUACGAUCAAUGGCUGCACAUCCAAUGGAACAGACAUUCACCUCUGGUGGUUCUGAUGGUAAUAUCAAACAAUGGUUACUUCCAAAAGGAGAAUUGUUAAACAACUUCGAAAAGUCGGAAUAUGGAGAGAUUAUUAAUACAUUAUCGAUAAAUCCAGUCACAAAUACAUUGUUUGUUGGGUAUGAUGACGGUAAAGUUGAAUUUUAUGAUUAUACACUGGGAAAACUACUGCAAGCAGGACAAGCACCAGCAUUACCUGGUUCUGAUGGAGCAGCAAUUUACGCAUCAACUUUUGACACAUCUGGACUAAGAUUAAUUACAGGUGGUGGUGAUAAAAGUAUAAAAGUCUGGGGUGAGAUUGAAUAA